AUGUUUAACCACGAGGGGCUACCUCCAGGCAACUUCAGCCUGGGUCCGGGCACGAUGCCUCAUGGGUCCUCCCACUACGGUAAAGGUGGCUACAUCGGGGAAAGCGCCCCAAGACCAUCCCAGCCGCCAGCCCAGACCUUCUUUACCUUCCCAUCAGCAGUGAAGAGUGAGUACAACUUGGAGGGACCCUCCGCCCCCGACUCCAGCCAGACCAAGGGGUGGUACGCCUUCUCUGUACCCCAACCCCCAGCUGAGGCUAGGCAGGCCAGCACCUCCCACAGCCUUCACCUCAUGCCACCCAAAGAGGAAGACUCGUCCUGCUCUUCCCCUUCUUCAUCUUCUGGGGGUCCUGAGUGGGACCUCAGGGAGACCGGCAUCCCCGAAGCGAAGUACUGCGCCCGUCUGGGCCCAACCUACUAUACCCCUGCCCGAACGGGGCCCUUCUGGCCGGGCUUGGGGAGCAGUGGCUCGGUUCCUACCGGGGCUCUACCAGGUCCCCCUCUCCCUCCCCAUCCUCUCCAGGCUCUUGGGACUUUUCCGGGUCCCAGGCCCCUUUACCCAGCCCCUCUCCAGCAGCCCCAGUCCGGGCUGGGCAGCAGUAGUGGAAACAGCAACAGCACCACCAGUGGUUCAAGUGGGGCAGCCAGUGAGGAGGGCAUCCCGUCUAGCGAUAGUGGAGAGGAGGACACCCCAACCUCUGAGGAACUGGAGCUGUUUGCCAAAGAAUUGAAACACAAGCACAUUUCCCUGGGUUUCACUCAGGCUGAUGUGGGCAUGGCCUUGGGCACACCGUAUGGGAAGAUGUUCAGCCAGACGACCAUCUGCCGGUUUGGAGCUUUGCAGCUGAGCUUUAAGAAUAUGUGCAAAUUGAAACCACUGCUUCAGAGGUGGCUGCAGGCUGUGGAGAACACUGACAACCCUCAGGAGGUGGUUCGAGUCUGGUUCUGUAAUCGAAGGCAGAAGGGUAAGCGGCUUCUUCUGCCCUAUGGGGAAGACGGCAAAGCAUUGCCUUAUAAGCUGUCCCCAGGCACUGCCCUUGUCCUGCCAACUGCUGCUGUGCCCCAGAACUAUGCAGCACCCCGCCACCUGUGCCCCCCCCCCCCCGCCCUCUAUAUGUCCACCUUUCCUAAGGGCAAGCCCUGCAUCCCAUGCAUGCCCAUGCCUAAUGGAGGCAUCUGA